AAGAGCGGAUUGCAGCUCUGUCAUGCAGUCCUGCAGUUCUACUCUCUGUAUCCUGAUCUUAUUGACUUUCAAAGUCACUACUGGGUCUGAAGCAGCGGUUUCUUCAGGGAAAGUAAAUCUGCAUGCCUCUGCUUCUCUGUCCUGCUCUGAGAGAUGUUCUGGUUUGGUCAGAUGGACUCUAUCACAUAAAGAUGAUGAUCCUCUGGCUGAGUGUGAUCAGACCUCAUGUAGAUCAGUGAAGAAGGGAUAUCAGAUGAUCUAUGAUCAGUACCUGAAGGGAGAUUUCUCUCUCAACAUCACUGAUGCUGAUUUCACUAAGAGAGGCUGGUACACGUGUCAGUGUGAUGAUAUAUAUCUCUGUGAUGUGAAGCUUCAGAUCGAACGCUUGAACAGCACAGUUCAGAAAAAGCCUGGUGAAUCUCUGGUCCUGGAUUUGGACGUAUCAGAUGCAGUGAAGGUGCUUUAUAUCGGCACAGGUGCAGCUAAUCGAUCCAGUGGUCGGAUCUGUACAGUUGACAGAUGCUCACUACACUGUAAACCUGAAUAUAAAGAGAGAGUGUCGGCAGCUCUUCGGCUGAGUGGAAUGAAGCCGUCUGAUAGCGGGGUUUAUACCACAAUGGCCACCAGGAAUGAAGAGGUUUUCCGCUCCUACUCAGUGACCGUCCAAGAUGACCUGCCAUGCCUGGACACCGGUGAAGGAGCUGCUGUACCAGCGUGGAUUUGUGUACUGAUUGCUGUACUUGUAGCUGGGAUUGUGAUACUGGCUGUGAAGAUUGUGCAGCUGAAGAGAGAAAAUCAGAAGCUCCGUAACCGGCACAGCUGAGAGGUCAUCGCCGUCCUCCCAGUGUCUGCAUGUUCACCACUUCCUGUCUAAGACAUGUCAGCAUAACAGCAGGUCAUACUGAUGAGCUACAGGGUCGCAUCUGUUUUGUUUUUGUUUUUUUUAACAGCUCUGGGCCGCCCCAUCUCUGCGCCCCAUGGAGGAAUGGCCAAAAAUACAUUUAGGAUGAUACGGCAAACUAAUUUGGUCCAAGUUUAGCAGUUAAACAAUUAUUAGGUAAAACAAUUAUUUUGAUACAUUUUCCACCAGAGGCUCAUUGACAAAGCCUCACUGAGCUAGAACUGCUGUUCUAAGGGGUUCUCCAGGAUCAAGGAUGUAAUAGAAGACUGUAGAUCAAUGUGUGACAGAUAAAAGAUGUGUAUUUUGUACAAUGUAUAUAUUGUACCUUUGUAGAAGAUCUGAGUAGAACAGGCACGAUCAAGACUGAGAUCAGAGAUUAUUAUUAUUAUUAUUAUUAUUAUUAUUAUUAUUAGCUUUUUUAUUUACAUUAUGCAAAAAGGCAAAUAAAAGCUACAUGUUCUGUUUGUACCGUUUUAAUUCAGGUCAUGGUGAAGUGGUACGUAAAACUAAGAGCCCUCGUCUUUAUUUUUAUACAUUUCAGUCCGAUUUGUUUGAAAUGACCGGUCGUAUUCAUUUAGAAUGAAGCAGUGAGGAAGGUCAGGUGUUAAACUCCUGUCAGCCACUUCACCACUGGGCCCUUUAGGAGUGACAUAAAGAGUUAACCACUCUUCCCAAGUUCACCCCUUCCGUUCUGUGUGUGUGUCUAUGAUCUUUCCAGUGUGUUCUGUUUACUGAAGCAGGAUUAGAUCCUCCUGAUUAACCCCGUAAACCCAGCUUACUACAUACUGAAGCUACAGGGACUUCACAGCAAACUGCCCGAGCUACUCGUAGGUCAUAGAAGUGAGCUCUCGAUGAAGAUGGUGCUUCGGUUGUUCUUUUGUACAGAAAACAGUUCUAUGUAGAACCAUGAUCAUUCAAAGAACCCUUUGUUUCAUGAAAGGGUUCUACAGACUGAUUGAGAAAACAGUUCUAUAUAGAACCAAACAGGGUUCUUCUAUUGUUACAGCCAAUUGCCUGGUGCAGUAGAAGAACCAUCUUGAACCCUUUUUGUUUACAAUUAUCAAUUAUAAUCAAUGGAUUCAAAUUUGCUGUUGUCAUGAAUUUCUAAACGAGUUAAUGUUCUUCCUGAAAUGGUCGACUGUCUUACAUUUCAACAUCUGACGUGUGUUCUGAGUUGUAUUGUGAAUAAAAUGUGGGUCUGAGUUUUGUAAAUCACUGCAUUCUGUUUGUUGUUAAAUGUGUGUGAUGUGAUGAUUUCUCAGUUUGGACUGUUUCAGUUUGUGUUCAGCUUAAACACCAAGCAAAGUAAGAACCAUCAGUCAAGAGCUGCAGUCAGAUUCCUACUUUACUGUAAGACCUUCAAAUGCCUGCUUAAAGAAAACACUUACUUGUGAUGUUUUUAUGGAAGCUGGAGGUUGUGGUCAGGUAUCGGACCAUCACAUGUUCCUAAAAAGAAGUGAAAGACGUCCAGCCUGUCAGCAUAACAGAGAGAGAAGAGCAGAGUUCGGAGUUUCUCAUGGUCAGUCAUGCAGUCCUGCAGUUCUGCUCUCUGUAUCCUGAUCUUCCUGAUCUCUACAUUCACUGCUGGUGCCCAGCCAUGUGUGGACACAGAUACAGGACCUGCAUGGGUUUUUCUACUGAUUGCUGCACUUGUAGCUGUGAUUGUGGCAUUGGCUGUGGUGCUUACGCAGCUGAAGAGGGAAAAUCGGCAGCUCCGGAUGUCAUCUGGCCGGUCAUCACACAAAGAUCAAUGACCAGGAUGGAGGGAUCAUCAUCAACCAAUCACUCUGUUCCUGAUUUAUUUAGCUCUUUCUUUAUCUCUACCACGACAAUUUCACAAUAAGCAUUUCUGAGCGGAUCGUGGAUAUCAGUGGUUGGUUAGUGUAGUGGUUAACACCUCUGCCUUCUACACUGUAGACUGAGGUUCAAUCCCCACCAGGGUAAAAUACCCUACACUAUACCAAUAAGAGUCCUUGGGCAAGACUCCUAACACCACCUUGGCCUGCCUGUGUAAAUUGUAAGUCGCUCUGGAUAAGAGCAUCAGCCAAAUGCCAUAAAUGUAAAUGUAUCAGUGGAUAUCAGUACACACACUGACCAAAUGUAUGUUUGACUACAAAGAGCAUAAUCAGUCCUUUUCAACUGGAUUUAGUGCAAUAUGUGAAUUGUGUAUUCAUAGUUUUGAUAUACGUUUUUUUUUAAUGUGGUGCUUCUAAAUUUGUCUUUGCCAACUUACCUUAAUAAAUUCUGUGCUGUGACACCAUCAUGUAUUAUGAAAA